UUGAAAUGGUGUGAAGGCAGCUGGCCGCCUGUAAGCCAAGAGAAGAUACAAAUCCCGGCUUCACUCGGCUCCCUCCGUCUGUGUUCGGCAGAAGUCGGAGCCAAGUCGCCGGGUGUCACCAGUCGUCGCCCCUCGCCGGACUCUCACUUUCUUUUGCACGAUGACGACCGCCAGGGCCGCCUGUGUGCUGCGGACAGUUUUCUUUGCGAUGUUUCUCACAUUUUCGGGUUGUUUGUCACAGAUUCACGAACUCAAUAAGGAAAGUGUGGAAGAGUUCCGCAAAAACAAGCUGCUGGUCGUCAUAUUUGUUGACAGCCCAACCUGCACACGAUGCCGGAUUCUCUUCCCCUUCUUCGUGGCGGCGUCACAGGCCUUCCCACGUGACCCCGAGAUUUUCUUCGCGCGCGUGCACGACAAGCGCUUGGUGCAGGAAUGGGGCAUCGCCGAGCUGCCAGCACUUAUUUUCUACCGAGAUGGCAUCGAGGAUCACGAUUUCUUUUUGGUGGAUGUGACGGUUGAUGAAAUUCUCGACGAGAUCGCGAGGAGACUUCAUGGCAACUACAGGGCGGUGGAGCGGAAAUACGCCGUGGAGGUCACCGCCCACAACUUCCAGGAAAUUGUCAAGACACCGAGACAGAGCGUUCUCUUACUUACCUACAACAAAGACACGCAGGAGGCGGUGAGCAUCAUGGAGAACGUGGCCAAGGUCUUCCGCAACGAUGACGCGAUCUUGAUAUGUAAGCUGAAUGUGGACAAGGAGGCAGCACUGCGGGACAGCCAGUACAAGUCCAGGGAUGUACCCGCGGUCUUCUGGUACCACGCUAGCGACAAAAGUGUGGCCAAGCGGUUUGGCGGCAACAUCUCCAUCUACAUGCAGACAAACUUCAUCAACCAACAAACAGGACUCGACCGGAAUAUAGACGGCAGCAUGAAAGAUACGUCAGGGCGAAUCCGUCAGUUUGAUGUGGCGCUGGCUGAGCAUGCUGAUCACGUGCUGCAGGCUGACCCGGAAGUUCUGGGGCGGCUCAUUAAACAGUUCGCAAGCGAAAAGUCACAGCUGGAGCGACAACACAAAGAAUUCGCCGACUACUACAUCUACCUGCUGCAGAAGACGAGGGCAAGCGGCAAGCUGGACAAAAUGAUGUCUCUCAUCAUGGACCUCAACAAGAAGCUUGACGAAAGUGAAGAUCUACUCCCUAAACAAGAAGACUCCCUGAGGAGGAAGAGAAACAUCCUCAUCUACUUCGGAAACUUACAAGAUGAAGCGGAGAAACUGAAACGAGAGAAAGAGGCGGAAGAGAAGAAACAGAAAGACAAGGAGAAGGCCGAAGAAGAGAAGCAGAAACGCGUGAAAGAGGAAGAAGAAAGAAAGAAGAAAGAAGACGAUUCCAAGAAGACCAAGGCGAUCCCCUCGCUGAAGAAGAUGGGCCAGCCUCCCCAGUACACCGCCCAAGCCACCAUCCACAAGCGCAGCAUCGAGGAGCUGUAGGCCUGACCAGGUGCGACAGGUGCAAUGGCGGCAUCACUUUGAUCAGUCGGUGUCACGGGUUCCAAACGGCUGUAGUUUCACAAAAUUUGUCUCAUUUCAUAUUGUUAGUCCAUCUGAUGAAUUGUAAUAAGGUCACUGACACGAUCACUGUGUGGGCAUCAUACAUUGCAGACAGUGUUGUUGUUGUUGUUGUUAGCAGUGGUCCGACAGUUCACUGACCUCAGGGCUCCAUUGACGACCACGUGUCAUCCGUGCGACUGUUAUUUUAUUUUUGUCGCCAGCUUUGUCAUGGGCCACAGACCACCAAUCGUCUCAACAGUACAUGUGUUGUUACUAUGUUUAAAAAUCUCUUCUAUUCACCGCAAGCGACUGUUUUGGUCAUCAGACUGAGAGGCAAACUUGUUUCAAGUGUUAUUAACGGAUGAAGACUUGUUGUGAUUACACUUACUGUGGCGUCUGCCUGACAUGCGCAGUACAUGUGACUGUAGUCUCACGGGCGAGGGAAAGGUUGGGGGAAGCACAUCUCCAUCUCUAUCAGAACUUAGUGAUCAGAUUUGGCCUUUGACCCUUGGCGUGCAGCCUGCGCACCGUACACAGCGACAUUGUAUCACGAGGCUGCUGGUCGUUAGUACUAGAGACAACGAAAUGUAUGUGAUGUUUGUCAUAGAGUUUUUCAAUAAAUAAAUAAUCUUUUCCUUUCUA